UACAAGGCGACUGUUUUUUGCAGCAGGAACAUGGUGUGGGAGGUGCCGACCCCCGCCAAACACCGCGACCCUCCAGAGCCCGAGCCGCAGUGUGAGCACUCAGACGCCAUGACGGACGCAGACGGAGGCCGAUCAUGUGACCAGCUGCACUGCGAGGAGCGCCUGCCCGCCUCGCCCGGCGACAGCCACAUGGAGUACGACGACCUGCCGGAGCUGCAGGAGGUGCAGGAGGAGGCGGCGCCCGUCUACCAGGUGGAGGUGGGCGUGUCGCACCAGGAGCGCACGGCGCACGUGCACGAGCACGAGCACACACACUCACACGCACGCUCACACCACCCGGCGCCUCCAGACACCCUGUGGCUGACACAGCUGGCACACAUCGCCACGGGGCCCCAGAGCCCCCUGCUGCAGGGCCCCGCCCACUGCAGCUCCUCUCCGCUCCACGUCUUCGGCAGCAGCAGUAACCUUCACUCCUACGCCCGGCCUCCUCCUCCUCCUCCUGCUCCGCUCUGCAGCGCCCCGUCGCCCCCUACAGGCCACAGCAGGGAGCGCAGGCGCAGCCGGACGAGCAGCGAGUGCGGCUCGGCGGUGUCGACCAGAUCCUCGCUGUCCGACGACGAAGACAUGGGCUGGAGCUUCACCUGGCCGCCCACCGCCUGGCACUGCUUCCUCAAAGGCACUCGGCUGCGUUUCCACGGCGGCUCCAACCUGGAGUGGCAGGACGCCGAGGAGGUCGACUCCGGCGAGGAAGACUCCGGCGACGAGGAAGACGGCGGCUCGCUGAAGGCUUACGGCUCGGAGGGGCUGCGGCUGCUGCGGCACGCCGAGGUCGUGUCGUCCGGACAGUCCGUCCUGCAGCUGACCUUUGACCCCGGCGCCUUCGGACACGCCCCCCUGACUGCCCAGUGCCAACUCGAUCACCCGUUCUACGUCAGGAACAAAGGGUGGGCGUCGUUCUACCCCAGCCUGACAGUGGUGCAUUAUGGGAUACCGUGCUACGAGGUGGAGGUGGGAGACGUUUGCCUCCCUCCGGGCCACAGAGACGCCGCGCACACAGACGACUCGCUGGUGUUCGACGCCUUCAGGAGUUACGACUUCACCCCCCUGGACUCGUCGGCGGUUUACGUGCUGAGCAGCAUGGCCAGGCGGCGCCGCACCUCCCAGUCCAGCGGGGGCGCCGUGUCCCCAGACAGAGACACGCUGCAAGACACCCACAGCCCCGGCCCCUCCCACUCGCCCGCCGGCAAGCCAAUCAGGAGCCAGCACGCCACCGCGGCAGGAAGUAGCAGCGCCGCCCCGCCCACUAAGUGCAAGCGGCCAAUGAACGCCUUCAUGCUGUUCGCCAAGAAGUUCAGGGUGGAGUACACACAGAUGUACCCGGGCAAGGACAACAGGGCGAUCAGCGUCCUGCUCGGCGAGCGCUGGAAGAAGAUGCGCGGCGAGGAGCGGCGAGCGUUCACGCUGCAGGCCAAGGCUCUCGCCGACGAGCAGAAGAGACUCAACCCAGACUGCUGGAAACGCAAGAGAACCAGCUCUGGCUGUCAGGGAACUUAAGGCCACACACAGCGAGAGGACAACUGACCGACUGCAGGAGCACACACACACACACACACACACACUCACACACUUCAUUAAGGAAAGAGAACUAUGCCUAAUCUUCUAACUGUGCUUGAAUAUUAUAUUAUAUAUUAUAUAUUUUAUUCUAUAUUUUUUAAUGACAGACUUGCCUUAAUCUCCCAAAAUGAGGAUUUUGAUUGAGUCGUUUUUCAUGCCGGACUCUCGCAGAGCUCAUCGCUGAAGUCAUCGCAGCACGAGGACGUGGCAGGAAGCACCGUGUGUGCGUGAUUAUUUGUUUUCCACGCAUUUUGAGCCGCUCUCUGACAUUUUCUCCGCUUCCUCUGUUUUUUUUUUUUUUUUGGUGCUGCACGUGGCAUUUUAGCAUCGAUAAAUCACUGCUGCGUUCAUUCUGAGGUGACACGCAAACAAGAAAAAACAGAUAAAUAAACAAACAGCUCUGGUCCACCGUGUGAGCACAACAGGAAGUGGGCGUGGCCUGGGAAGACGUGGGCGUGGCCUUGUGUCAACCAGCUUGUCGGCAGCAACAAGCCGAGUCAGAGGAUACCUCACAUGACCCCUUUUGGAGAAACUGAUUUUUUUUAAACAGAAGUGGGCGUGGCUUGGGUGGAAGUGGGUGUGGUCCAAUUAGUGUGAGGCGUUAAUGAGUUGUUCAUUAGCCCGGAAUCAAACACAUCAUCACGCAAAUAUGUUGUGGUGUUCUGCUAAUGCACCGGGACGCUCUGUGACUUUUUGUGUUAUGCCCCGCCCACUGCCACGCCCUCUUUUGGCUGAACGGCCUGAAAAGUUAAAGCGACAGGAAACUCCGAACUAGCAUCUGAGCCGUAAAAACACCCCGACCCUGAAACCUCAGGCCACACAGAGGUCUGACCACCAGGGUCCACGGGAAAAACCAAAAACAAUCCACGGAGUCGGAAAAAUGUGGGGGAAGUCCAAGAUGUCCUGAACUUCCUGUCCGAACUUGCCACCAUUUAUGGGCAGUUGUGGGCGGAGCCGACAUGAAGGCAUUGUGGGUAUUUGAGUGUUUACGAUCCUGUGACCCUGUAACCCGAAAGUGCGACUUAAAACGAACAGACUGAUAAAACAUUUAAACAUGGAGGACAGAGCUGUGACGUGAAGCCCCUCAGAGGUCAGGAGCCUUUCUGUGGUAGGCCACGCCCACCGCCACGCCCACUGACACGCCCCCUUUACCAAAAAGGGGGAGUGAAAAGUUCAGCUGCUCUUCUUUGGCCCGUGACCGACCCGCCCACUCAGUUUGGUGGAAAUCUGAGUUUUUGAUCAGAAGUUGCGCUGAUUAUAGUUCCUCAUUUUUGUCGUGUUUUCAUGUUUUUGUUUGUUUUUUCCUCCAAUCAAAGUUAAAAAAAAAAAAAAAUCAUCAUUUUCAGUUUGUUUUUAAAUGAUUUAUCGAUGCUAACAGUGACUCAGCACUGUGGCAUCAAUCACCACCGAGGAAGUCCUCACGUUCUCCUUCUUCUUCUUUUGUUUUCACAUCAAACCAAAAGCCGAGCGUCAGGGCGAUGAGCUCAGGAGCGAGAGACAGAGAGAAAACAACAACAACAACAACAACAACAACAACAACAACAGCUUGUGUCUCGUUUUGAAAUGACUCUGAACGUUUCCAGGUUGUUUCACAUCGAGGCUUGAAACAGGUGGAACUUCUGGUGCUGUAGUUUUAUUUUUGUUUUUAUUGUUUUGUUAGCAGAAGUAGCAAGGGAGUUUCAUAAAUACUGAAAAUCUAUUUUCCCUAAAUCAGAUAUUAAGGAGUUUAUUAUGAAAAAAAAACAAAAAACAAAAAAAACAAACACUGCAUUUAUAAGCCUGUAUUUUUACUCUGUGUAUUGCACAUGACCAUGUAUCUGCUUUGGCCAAGGAGAAGUUUACUAAAAGCCUGUGAUCGCCGGGGGCCUGCGUUUAGUUUUGUAAAGACAGUCAGAGACUUUAAACGUUCAGAAACCGAUGGAAUAAAUUCAUUUAAUGCAUUGGGGUUAGGAUUACAGGAUUAGGAUUACAGGAUUAAUUAAAGUGAUGUUCAAAGUAUUGCCAUGAAAGUUGCUCCGCUCCGUCGCUGAAGUUUUAACCUCCACGUGCCACAAAUAAUUUAACAAACUGUCAGCGUGAGGACGGGCGAGGGCCAGCGCUUUGCUUUCACUCGUUUUGUUGCCCGGAUGUUUUUUAAUUUUUUAUAUAACGUGAAACACAGUGAAUAUGAAGCCGAAGAGCAGCAGCUGUGAGAGCAGGACGACGGCGUGUGAGGGGGAAAACUACACCGCCACGGCAGGGAGGGGUGAUAAUUCAAGAAAAAAAAAAAAAAAAA